UGACAAAUCCGAAGGUAUACCUGAGGAAGUAACUACAGUGGACGAGGGUAAAGAGGUGUAUGUUCUCAUGGAUGAUUCAAGCCUCUCCAGCAGUGUGGAUGUUGACAAAGGCUUUGCCAUUGCCUUUGUUGUUGUUCUGUUCCUGUUCCUUACGGUGAUGAUUUUUCGGUGUGCCAAGUUGGUGAAGAAUCCCUAUGAGGCAAGCUCCACAACCACAGAACCAUCUCUUAGCUGAACUAUGAAAAAACCUAGUAGACUUUCCUCCACAGGGGAUUUGAAAGCUUUUAUACAGACAUUUAUGAAGCAGACUUAUAUUAUUUUACCUCCCUAUUUCUCAGCCUUAUCAUUCUUGCAUUCCACAAUAAGCCCAUGAGGGUGAAUGGUGAAUACUAAGAGGGAUGAAACACAAGCUAGUCUGUAUUGUUCCUAUUCAGAGAAGUAGUUACCAAAGUGGGACAGAGAUAGGUUGAACUUAUUGAUUAAGAUAAGGUCAUGGGAGUUCCCACUGUGGUGCAGCGGAAACGAAUCUGACUAGU